GUUAAGAGCAAAGAUGUUUUGGAAAAAAAGUUGAAAGGUUUGCAAGAAAUUAUGUUGAUGCCAAAUUUUGGAGAAAACGAAAAACACCGCAAGGGAACAAUUAGUGAUCUUUCAUCUGUUUUAAGUACCAUCAGAGAAGUACCAGAAAUAAUGGAGUUUUGGAACCAAGUCCUCCAGUUUAUGAAGGAUCUGAGUCUGUCCAGUAACAGUGCUAAAUAUCCAGCAAUUGUUGAACCUUUCAAGUACCUGUUUCGCUCAAUACCAGACAAGUCAGUCAAAAAACAUCCAGAAAUUGUAAACAAUUGGAUACCAGUGUUUAUUGAGGUUCUGCAGAAGGCACCAACCACGAGUCUGGAAACAUGGGCAUAUGAAGCUGCUGAAACAAUGGCAUGUAAAUGUGCUGUAACAAAAGAUUCACCUACUGACUGGUUUAAAAUUGUGAAAGGACUUCUGAAAUGUCAAAACCUUGAGGCCGCACUUUCAGCUUACAGAAUACUGUAUAAGGAAAAUUUCAUGGAAAUAUGGAACUGGAAAAAACAUGAGAAAGAUGCAUUUGAGAUUCUUGACAUAAUUGCAAAGAUAGAUUUUCCUACGGAAGGUAAAGUGAAAGUGAUGGAGGAGGAGGAGGAAGAGGAAGAUGAUGAGGAUUAUGAAGAAAAGGAAGAGUUGAGUGAUGAAAUAUGGCAACACUAUGCAGAUAUCAUAAAGACCCUACAGGAUCAGUUUGGGUUGGCCAAAAUCAGUGAAAAACUGGUACCAGCUGUGGCAGAAAUACUCAUUAAGACCAUGGAGAAGCGCUCUAAAUUUCUAAACAGAUAUGUAUAUGAGAUCUAUCAGGAGCUAGAGUUUGAGCAACAACUGACAGUUGUGCCUGGUCUCAUACAGAGAUUAGUGGUGUUGGUACUGGAUAGAGAAUACCCCUGGGAUCAUACAGGCUUCAUCUGUUGUCGCAACUUGUUAAGGAAAGGACUCAGCUCCUACAGUACUGGAAAGGAAAUGCCAGUGGACCUUAACAAAGCCUACAUCAAGGUCAUACUGUUCACCAUGGAAACCAAGGAUUUACCCUAUAUUGUUGGAUUGAGAUCAAGCGAAACAAUAUACCUUGAAAUAGCGACAUAUAUAAUGGAGACAUUUAUUUCCAAGCAUUUACAAACUGGCAGUCACAAAGCGGUCAAUGCACUAGUUCCUGCCUUGAUAAAACAGAGGAGUCAUGAGGUGGAACAACUACAAAAAUCAGCCAUAUCUGCCCUUAAGUACGUCGCUUCAACUGGACCAGCCCUGCUGACUCCUCAUCUUGACACUUUCAUCAAAUGGUAUCAAACUUCACACAGCACAGAUGAUCUUGAUUUAAUCCAAAAACCUUACAAAGUCAGCAAGGGAUUUACCAAAGAGCAGUUCAAAGUUGUCCUACAAGCCAUGAUGGCCGACCAAUCAGAGACUUCCAAAGGGAUGCAGUCUGCUCUCAUACUAGACAUGGCUGAGAAACAACCCCAGCUAUUCACCCAACAAGACAUUGAUGGGAUGAUCCAGAAAUAUGUAGACAGCAAAGACUCUCAGUACAACACCUUGUUGGCCUUCAGUAAAGUCUUGGUUAAGAAACCGGACCUGUUUGGGAACAAUAUGAUAGAACACGUUCUGAAAAAUCCCAAUGUGGAUUUAGCAUACGCUAUCGAUGUCAUAGGAGUCAGCUUAGCAUCACACAAAAAGGGGAUGGUGAAAACCAUCAUGAAGGAAUUCAUGAACCUCUCCAAACGAUGUCAGAAUACAGAUGAUCAGAUAACAGUGAUCAAUGGUGCCAGAUCCCUGGCCGUCAUGCAGGGAACAGAUCUUCUUGAGCCGUACAGAUCUUAUUUCGAGGAUCUGCAGGAGAGCGGAGAAACCCUUCCAUUGAGAGAAAUGGCUAUUCUCAUGCUGACUGCUUUGGAUGGAAAAGAUAAAGGAGGCAUUAAUGAGGAUUUCAAGGAACGACUAGCACGACUGGAGGCUGAGAUGGCCGAAACCAAAGAUGAUGUGAAGGAUGUGAAGAAGGAUGUGGACAAGCAGACACGUGUGAUAAAAACUGUAAAGACGGACGUUAUCAACGUCAAGAAAAAUGUAAAAGAUGUAAAGAAAGACCUGGAGGAGACAAAAAUUAAAGUUGAAGAAGUCGAUAACAAGACAAUGACCAAUGCCCCUAAAUGGUCAAGAGAUUUGACCAAGCUGAUGAACCCUAAGACGGAACAUGAUUGGAGACUUCUGGCCCAGAGGUUGGGAUACACCCCACAGGACAUCAAGGGCUGGGCGACCCAACAUGACCCCUGUAUGGGUCUCCUCAGUGAGUGGUACGCCACCCACAAGACGAUAGAGGCCACCCAUGCCAUAUUGAACAUUCUACAAGAGAUGAACAGGAUGGAUGGAGCCGCCAUUGUGGAGAAUGCCAUGAAAGCUGUUGAGGACGUUGUAGAGGAGGAGGUAGAUUAUGCCACACCUCCGCCAAUCUUCCUAAGUUACCAGUGGGGUCACCAGAAUGAGGUUAAAUUGCUUAGGAAUCAUCUAUUAAUGGCUGGGUAUGAGUGCUGGAUGGACAUCGGACAAAUGGGAGGUGGAGACAAGCUGUUUGAAAAGAUUGACAAUGGAAUCCGUGGGGCAAAGCUCAUCAUAUGUUGUGUUUCUGAGAAGUAUGCCAAAUCUCCUAACUGUAACAGGGAGGUCAACCUGUCUGUCAAUCUGGGAAAGCCGAUGAUUCCCCUCCUGAUGGAGAAGAUGGCCUGGCCCCCUAAGGGUUCCAUGGGACCCAUCUUCAGUGAGUACCUGUUUGUGAGGUUCUUCCAGCGAGGUGGGGAGGAGACUGAUGACCAACGCUACUGGCCAGUCCCUAAGUUCCAGGAAUUGUUGAUGCAGCUCAACAUGUAUAAAGCCAUGCCUGACGAAUCUAUCAUGUCCGGAGAGUACAAAGACUGGUGGGUCCCUGUGACUGAAGAAAUCGUUAUCACCAAAAAGAAAGAUGGAGGUCAAAGUUCACAAGUUCAAACAACAUCACAGGAAGAAGAGUCGUCACCAGACGUGUUUCUGUCAUACCAGUGGGGCAAACAGAAUCAGAUCAAACAAUUAUACAGGAGACUGAGCGAGCUUGGAUACAGCUGUUGGAUGGAUAUUUACCAGAUGGGAGGCGGGGACUCGCUUUACGACAAAAUCGACAAAGGUGUACGGGGAUGUAAGGUUGUCCUGAGCUGCGUAACAACCAAGUAUGCGCUGUCGGCCAACUGUCGCCGGGAGGUCAGUUUGGCUGAUUCUCUCAAGAAGCCGAUGGUCCCCCUCCUCCUAGAAAAGAUAGACUGGCCCCCUACCGGACCGAUGAGUAUGGUCUUCACCCAGCUUCUAUUUAUCAACUUCUACCGUGACGAGACCGUCCAAUUAACCUGGGUUGGAGAUAAAUUUGAUGAGCUUCAUACCAAGAUCAAAGAAAACAUUUCUCCGUUUGCUGUUGAGAAUUCAAAAGUUGUCCCAAGUCAUGCCCCCAAAAAAGAAGAACAAAAGGAAAAAGUAAAGCCUGAAGGGACCAAUGAACAACAACAGCCAAUGGUACCACUGCAGCCCCAACAACAACAAAUGGUAGCACACCAGCCAGUAGGCAAACCUGUGGCACCGCAACCACCACCAAAACAAUCCUCAACUUGUGUAGUGCUCUGAUUGGUACCAGUACGAAGCUGCAGUUCUGUGAUAAUCAAACGUUCGAUAGAUAG